AUGAGCAUAUUAAGAUUCGUUACAAGAUCAACAAACCCUACCAAUAGGUGGUGGGCAAAUGGUCACAAAGCAGCAUCAUUCUACAGAUACCAAUCUUCACAGACACCGGGUCGCACCGCAAACAAAAAGAAAAUGAGCGUUCUUGAGCAGAAGAAGCAGGUGCAGACCAUGAAGACCGAUACUGACGCAAAAGACUCGAGAGAUGAAAGGGAGAAUAACAAAACUAAUUUGCCCUCCUCUAAAAAAAUACGGAAAGGCUUUAGCUCUCUUGCCAAGGUCCCCAGUACAGAAGCGUUGAAUCCGGAGGAAAUAUUAUUGGAUACAUUCUUUCAAGGAUACAAACCGCUCACUUUACCUUUGAGACCGCCCACGAAGAAACGACAAACGGUUUUAUACUUGGACGUUGAAGAGAGUCUUCAAUUUUUCGGGAACGCAUUGGAAGAGUAUUCUUCAAUUUCAAAGGCGCAUACAGGAGCCGAGGAUGUCAACAAAUCUAAGUAUGAAUUCUCGAACACAAGUUUCAAUUCUGAGGAGGAUGUUGGAGAUAAGUAUACGAAAAGAUCUGAAAUUAGCAAGAACAACAAAGGAAGGAAAAGAACAGGUAAAGAGUCGAUGAAAAAGAAGAAAUGA